UUUAGCACCAUUUUAAAGAUGCAGAAACUCAGAAUGAGAGAUUUAUCUAAAUAUACUUGUCACUGUCCCAUUUACCCUUGACUAAUUUAUAUGCUUAUUUUUCUUAUUUAUUUCCAGACGUAGUCCUUCAAUGCAUAUAAUUUGUUGUUGUUAGUUGCCAUUGAGUUGGUUCCAACUCAUGGCGACCCUAUAUACAAUGUAACAAACCGUCAGUCAUUGGCAUCUUUGAAUCCAUUGUUGUGGCCAUUGUGUAGGGCCUUCCAACUUAGCUGGCUCAUCGUCCAGCAGUAUAUCGGACGAUAUUCUCUUGUGAUCCAUAGGGCUCACUAACUAUAAAUUUUGGAAGUAGAUUGCCAGGCUUUUGUACAUAAUAGGCAGAUUUAUUUGUUGAAGAAAUGAGUGAAAGACUGGUUUCAUGAAAGCAAAAGUGCUUACAAUUAUUAUUUGAGGAGAUGCAGUUUAAAGUAUUUGGCUGCGUGUUAAUAGUUUUUUUGUUUGUUUUAUUUUUAAAUGUUAUGGUCUUUGUUAAGUCUGCCAGUAAGAAAAAGAAAAUCACCAAAGCUGAAAAACUAAGGAUGCUGCAAGAAGAGGAAGAGAGACGACUUAAAGAGGAAGAGGAAGCCCGUUUGAAAUACGAAAAAGAAGAAAUGGAAAGGUUUGAAACAGAACGAAUUGAGAAAGAAAAAUGGCAACAACUCGAAGCAAAAGAUCUAGAAAGGAGAAAAGAAGAACUCGAAGAACUUAAUUUAUUAGAGGGGUGUUAUCCUGAAGCAGAGAAAUUAAAACGAGAAAAUAGAUUGCUUUCUCGGUGGAAUCACUACAUUCGAUGUGAUGGGAGUCCUGACCCCUUAGUCCCCCAAGAAAUGAAUACUUUCAUUAGUUUGUGGAAAGAGGAAACAAAUGAGACUUUUGAGGAAGUGAUUGAGAAGAGUAAACUAGUGCUAAAUUUAAUUGAGAAAUUGAAAUUAGUUUUAUUGGAAACUCCACCAUAUGAUUUGCAAGAUAAAAAUGUGAACCAGUACCAAGAAUCAAUUCAAGAGCUACAGGAGCUCCUUCAUUUUAAGUUUAAUGUAGCCACAGAAAUACUCCUCAGACAAGCUAGUACUUUGGCAGAUCUGGACAGUGGAAAUAUGGAAAAAAUUAUCCAACAUGAAAAUGUUACACUGUAUCUGUGGGCAAACCUCAAGAAGAAUCCAAGGUACAGAAGUAUCAGUUUCUCUGAAACAAAUAUUGGAUUUGAAAUUCCAAGGAUACUAGCAACAUGUGACAUUGCUCUAAGACUCCUACAUACUCGUUAUGAUCAUGUUACUCCACUGUGCCCUGUUCCGCGACCAUUAAAAGUAGUACAAGAUCCUUCCACAAUAAUUGAGCCUGUCAAAAAUCAAGAUACAGACAUUGUAAAAGAAGCAAUCAGCAAAGAGGACCAAGAACAGUCUAAACAACCAGGAAGUGAAUCUGUCAUGGUUCAUGAAGAAAUAAAAGUUAAGGAAGAAGGUGAUGCUGAAGUACAAAUGAGGUCUGUUGAGGAAGAAUCUGAAGCCAUGAAAUUUGAAGUGGAGAUGAAAUUAUUAAGUGAAACAGUUUCAGCAGCACAAUUGUUGCUGCUAGAGAAUUCUUGUGAAAAGCCAGAAUUUUUUGAAGCAAAUGAGGUUGAUUUAUUUCAAUUCACAACUCUGGGUGGAGUGUACCACGUGGAUAUUUUGGAGCUUCCCCCACAGUGUAAACCGGUGAAUGGCUGGAUGAUUGUGGAAAUACUCAAAGAAGGAUUACAGAAAUAUAAAUAUCCUCCAGAAACUACAGAAGACUUUGAAACAGAAAAUGCUUUUCCACCUGUAGAGGUCAUGCUUCAAGUUCAAGAAAAUGUAAUAUUUUUUGAGGAUCCCAUGGUUGCAAGGUGGGACCCUGAAGGUAAACAUUGGAGAACAGAUGGCAUCAGUUGUGUAAAUUAUAAUUCGGAAAACAGACUUGUAACAUUCAACCUGGAAGCCUUUGGCCCCAUCACCUUGAUUCAAGAUGCUCAUAUUAACAUGCCAUACCAGUCAUGGGAACUAAGACCACUUGAAAUGAAUAAAGUACUUUUGACUGUAACUACAGUAUUUACUGAGAUUCAGAUUCAAAUUAAGGAAAACCUCUGCAUGUUAGCUUCAAUCAAACUAAAAAACAAAGAGCACGACUCUAUUUUGAAAGGAAAAUGGAUGACUCCUAUUCCUUUCAUUAUUGCACUGAAAGAAGUUGGAUUGAAUAUCUUCCCUACCGGACACUCUCAUUUUUAUGUUGUUGUAAACAAUAAGGUUCCUUUGGUAGAAUUAAAAGCUUAUCGACAAAUGGCCCUGCUAAGUUCUGCUUUUGCAUUUAGUUGGAGCAAGUGGAAUUUAAGUUGUGAUUCCAGCAAAGUUGUUUUUCAGGUGAAGGAACACCUUAACCAAGAACCUGAUACCGAGUAUCCCGAUUGGGCCCUUUUAAUGUUUAGUGGUGACAGAGCACAAAGACUGAAGAUCAAUGAAUACAGCGAGACAUUCUCUGAAGCUCUUAAAGAGGAAACCGAGUUUCAUUCUACUCUGUAUCACAUGGUGAAGGAUUUUGCUUCUGGAGAAGCAAUAGAGAAAAUCAGGAGUUCCAACUGCCAGUUUGUUGAUUCUGUAUGCCAGAUGCUACUCUCUACUAGAUUACUCAGCUAUUCUUAA